AUGAAGGAAAAAAAUGUAAAUAAACCAACUGACGAAAGUUUUGAUAGCCCGUUUGCGUUCGAACCUAAGACUCUAUCAAAUUUAGUAGAUCCAAAAAGUUUAAUUUCAUUAAAAAAUUUAAAUGGAUUAGAGGGUUUGAUAAAAGGUUUACACACCAAUUCACAAACUGGUCUAAAUACUUCUGAAUCCAAUUUAAGUCCAGUAACAAUAAAUGAUAUAAAUAAAGGAAAAUAUAUUGAAAAUACUUCUGAAAAUCAAGAGGAAUAUGAAGAAGCUGCCAUUAUAUCAUUAGGUCUUGGACUUUAUCAAGAUUUUGGUAAAAAAGAAAAUAAUGAACCAAAAAUUCAUUGGAUUGAAGGUGUAGCAAUUCUUGUAGCAGUUCUUAUUGUAGUAUCAGUAGGUAGCUUAAAUGAUUGGCAAAAAGAACGUCAAUUUCGAAAAUUAAAUGCUAAAAAAGAAGAUCGUGAAGUUAAAGUAAUUAGAAAUGGAAAAGAAUCUCUUUUAUCAGUUCAUGAAGUAUUAGUGGGUGAUAUUCUUAAAUUAGAACCAGGAGAUAUUAUUCCAUGUGAUGGUGUAGUAAUUGAAGCUCACAAUCUUAAAUGUGACGAAUCAGCUGCCACAGGUGAAAGUGAUGCCGUAAAAAAAUUAAAAUAUGAAGAAUGUAUUAAAGAAUUAAAAGGGGAUGAAACAGAUUCUACUUAUAAAUCAAAAUUUGAUCCAUUUAUAAUAAGUGGAAGUAAAGUGUUAGAAGGUGUAGGAAGUUAUGUUGUAAUUGCUGUUGGAGUAAAUUCAUUUAACGGAAAAACAAUGAUGGCAUUAAGGAUUGACCCUGAAGAAACACCUCUUCAAUUAAAGUUAAAUGAUCUUGCUGAAAAGAUUGCAAAAUUAGGUGGUGCUGCCGCUUUACUUAUGUUAAUUGUUCUAUUGAUCAUAUUUUUUGUCGAUUUUCGUCAUCAAGUUCCAUCUCUUACAGAUGCAUUUAAGACAUUAAUUAGUAUCGUAAUUUCAACUGUAACCGUAAUAGUAGUUGCAGUUCCUGAAGGUUUACCAUUAGCCGUAACACUCGCUCUUGCUUUUGCAACAACACGCAUGUUAAGAGAUAACAAUCUUGUACGUGUUUUAUCAGCUUGUGAAACUAUGGGAAAUGCAACCACCAUAUGUUCAGAUAAAACUGGAACAUUAACACAAAAUAAUAUGACAGUAGUAGCUGGAACAUUGGGAUUAACUAAAUCUUUUGCAAAGGAUUUAGAUAAUCACAAAAAUGGUAUAGAAGUACCUAUUUUAUUAAAGGAUCUUUCAAAAAAUAUUCCAAUACCAAUUUUAAAAUUAUUAGAAGAAUCAAUUGUAAUAAAUUCUACAGCUUUUGAAAGUACAGAUGAAAAUGGUCAAAUUACAUUUACUGGAUCAAAAACCGAAACCGCAUUAUUAAAUUUUUUAAUUAAUUUAAAUUGUAAGGAUUUUAUGAAAUUAAGAAAAAUCGAACCGACCGAAGUGUUUCCAUUUAGUUCUGAUCGUAAAGCUAUGGGAGUUGUUAUGAAACUGGAUUCCAAAUGGAGAUUUUAUGUUAAAGGUGCUAGUGAAUUUAUACUUCGAAAAACAAAAUCAAUUGUUAAAUUUGAAGAAUCAGAUGAUGAAAUACUUUCAAUUGAAGAUUUGACAAAUGAAAAUGUGACUGAAUUACAAAAAAUAAUAGAAAAUUAUGCUCGUCAAAGUUUGAGAACAAUUGGAUUAGCAUAUCGUGAUUUCAGUGAAUGGCCUCCUAAAGGAAUCAUUAUUAAUAAUGGAGAAAUUGCUUUUGAUGAUUUAGAUAAAGAUACUACAUUAUUAGGUAUUGUUGGUAUCGAAGAUCCUUUAAGAGAUGGAGUACGUGAAGCUGUACAAGAUUGUUUAAAAGCAGGAGUAAAAGUUCGGAUGGUCACUGGUGAUAAUAUUUUAACCGCCACAUCUAUUGCUUCACAAUGUGGGAUUUAUACCAAUGGUAAAAUAAUGGAAGGAUAUAAGUUUCGUAAUUUAUCACCACAAGAGAUGGAUGACGUUGUACCUAAAUUACAAGUUUUAGCAAGAUCUAGUCCAGAAGAUAAAAGAAUUUUAGUAUUAAAACUUAGAGAACAAGGAGAAAUUGUAGCGGUAACAGGUGAUGGUACAAAUGAUGGACCAGCAUUAAAAUCAGCAGAUGUAGGAUUUUCUAUGGGUAUAGCGGGUACAGAAGUUGCUAAGGAAGCAUCCUCAAUUAUAUUAAUGGAUGAUAAUUUUUCAAGUAUUGUAAAAGCAAUUAUGUGGGGACGUAGUGUAAAUGAUGCAGUCAAGAAAUUCUUACAAUUUCAACUUACAGUAAAUGUAACGGCUGUAUUAUUAACAUUUAUAUCAGCUGUUUCUAAUAGUGAACAAGAAGCAGUUCUAACAGCAGUACAAUUAUUAUGGGUUAAUUUAAUUAUGGAUACUCUCGCCGCUUUAGCAUUGGCUACUGAUCCACCAACACCUGAUUUAUUAGAUCGUAAUCCUGAACCUAAAACUGCACCAUUAAUUUCUUUUCAAAUGUGGAAAAUGAUUAUUGGUCAAAGUAUAUUUCAAUUAGUGGUCACAUUGGUUUUAUUAUAUCGUGGAUUUGAUAUAUUGGGUGAUGAUGCACAUUUACCAACAGUGAUUUUUAAUACAUUUGUUUUCAUGCAAAUAUUUAAUGAAGUAAAUUGUCGACGAUUAGAUAAUAAACUUAAUAUAUUUAAGAAUAUAUGGGCCAAUAAAUUUUUCGUUUUUAUUUUCGUUAUUAUGAUAGGAACACAAAUCUUAUUAGUAACAUUUGGAGGUGCAGCGUUUCAAACUGAAAGUUUAAAUAUUCAAGAAUGGCUAGUAUGUAUUGGUCUUGGAUUUCUCUCUAUACCUAUUGGUGUUAUAAUUCGUCUGUUACCCAGCGAAUCUAAACUUCAAACCGCACCACAGACAAGACCAUCAUCUUCAUUUUCUAUAGAGAUGGACGGAAGAGGAGUAUGGGAUGAUGCUCACACAAAAGUAAAGGAUCAACUAUCAGUCAUCCGAACAUUGAGAGGAGGGCGUUUGAGAGCACAUUUUGGUGAUAAUACAAAAAAACCAAAGAAAGGUAUUGCCGCUGCCAUUGCAGCACCAUCUUUGAUGUUGGCUUCAGUUACAACUGGAUGGAAUCAAAAUCCGGAAAAAAAUCAUUCUGAACAGGGAGACGUACAAACAUCGUUUGGUGGUAGUGCUGAAACAAAAGUGGCUAUAAAUGAUGAUCAGAUAGAAACUGCGAAUUGA